CACACACACUCACACUCACUCACGCACACACAGCCCAGCAUCAACCGAUGGCACACUGUCUGCGCGGAUAAACGGAACCGACGCACGAUGGAGCGACUGGACGAGUGGCGCUUCAAGUCCAAGAAGAUGGACCUGGAGGAGGCGGACUUCUACUUUGACUACGGCGCGGAGGAAAUCGCAGAUUACCGGGACCCCGCUGAACUUGUGGCUGCUCUGAAACAAAAGGAGGAAGAGGUUAUUUUGGCAGCGCAGCUGGGAAACGCGUUGCUCCUGGAGAACCGGCAGCUGAAGGAGCGCAGCGAGAAACUCCAUGAAGAGUACGAGGACAAGCUGGAGGAGCUGGAGCAGGGCCGGCAUGAGCUCCGAGUGAAGCUGGAGGGCUCCCAGUCCCAGUGGGAGAGCCAGGUGGGCGACCUGGAGCGGGACACCAGGGAGCUGAGCGCCCAGGUGGAGCGGCUCACCCGGGCGCUCGGCGAGGCGGAGAGGGACAAGGAUCGAGCCCAGCUGGAGCACGGCGAGCAGACUCAGCGGCUGCGGGAGGAGCUCAGCACUGCGAUGGAGGUGGAGAGAGCCAUGUCCAGCGAACUGCAGGCUUUGAAACAAGAGCUCCAGCAGAAGGGAAGCCACAGCCGGCAGCAGGACGACGAGCUGAUCAGUGCCAUGAGGGAGCAGGUGUUGCGUCUCACGCAGAAGGAGCAGGUGCUGGAGCAGCGCUUGGAAAGUGUCAGUCAAGAGAACGCCGAGCUGAGGUCGAGUUUGGCCUCUUUGCAGGCACGCUUGGCUCUGCACGACCAACUCAGCCAGCAGCACAGCCAGCAGCUGGCCGAGGCAUGGCAGGAGGUGGAGGUGGCUCGGGGCCGUUCCCAGCAGCUGCAGGCUCAGGUGGAGGAGCUCCAGGAGGAGGUGUCCCUGCAGGAGGCCAGGAGCCGCGGAAACGCCUCGCUGCUGUCCGAGCUGGAGAGCAGCCUGCAGACGGCAGAGCUGGGAGUCAGCAAAGAAGAGAUCACUCAGGAAAUGGGUUCCAUCCUCCAGCUGCUCCUCCCUCUGACCCAGGACUUAAACGUCUCCGCGGGGUCAAAGCUCGAGUGUCAACCGGAGGACCUGCAGGCCAUGCUGCUCCGGCUGAGGGGAGUCGCCCAGACGCUGUCUCAGGCAUCCAGCCCCCAGGACCUGAAUCUGGGUUUAGUCCACGGCGCGGGUGAUCGCUGUGGGAAUCUGAGCGCCGCACAGGAGCUGAGAGAUCAGAACGUUCAGCUGCAGCAGGAAAACACUGAGCUGAUGCUGAAGCUGCAGAACAUGCAGGAUCAUGCUGACGUGUCCCAGCAGGCCAUCAGAGACCGAGACGAAGCCAUAGCCAAGAAAACCCUGAUGGAGGCAGAGCUGGUCAGGUGUAAAAACGACAUGAUGUGUCUGAAUAACCAGCUGCUGGACGCCAUUCAACGCAAACUGGAGCUGUCACAGGAGCUGGAGGCGUGGCAGGACGACAUCCAGAUCAUCAUAAACCAGCAGCUCAAGUCUCAGCAGCAGCAGCAGCAGUCAGAGCCGCCGCCCAGGAAACCCACCUCCAACGGCCUGUCGUUCUUCCGCAGGCCCAGCCGGACGCCGUCCUCCUGGAGUUCAGACAUCAGCCAGGAGAAACCUCAGUCCCCCUGGAAGGACUGGCUGAGGCGGAGCAAAGGGGUGCAGUACGGGAAGUGAAGCACACUCGGUUUCACUGCUGAGAGUGCGUAGAGGUCAGAGGGAGAUCACAAGAGGAGCCAUAAAAAAUAGACACUUUAAUCCAGUGAAAAGAACAGAGCCACUACAAACAAAGACUUGUCGAGCAGGCACUUAGAGAAACAUUUCAUUCACCAAGAGGCUGAGCCUCAUUCAUCUCUGAAUGGUGUUACUGUGUCUUGAACACUAAUGUUUUUGCAGAAAUACCUUCAAACUUUGCAUCACACUGUAAAUAUUGUGCCUUAUUUUGUAUUAUUGUGAACGUCUCUAUGUCUGAGACUUUAUAUAUGAUUUAGUUCUAGAUCGGCAGAAAGUAUUUGUUCAGAUUAUUUAAGUUCAUGGAUCAAAGAGGUCAGAAAAUAAUUGAACUAGCUGAGUUUUCACUCAUCAUGAAUUUAUCUUUGAAGCUGUGUGAAGAUGUUAGUUUUGCCUUUUUUUUUUAAUUUGUUUUAUGUUAUUUGAAAGCUAAGUAUGUAAAACAUGUUGGUUGUAUGAGAAACACUGCUUGUCUUUGUGUAACAUCACACUGUUGUUCUUUUUGUUAAUAUGAUUUCAGUCGUUUUUGGUUUUGUUGAAAACCAAAUGUGUUCAUUGAAGGUUAGCUUGGUCCGCUCAGUGUUUGUACACCAGAAACACUCGUACUUUCUGUGAUUCAGUGUUUAUGAUCAAAACUACUCGGUGUCAUAUUCUGUUAUUUCCUCAGCUUCGUAUAUGACUGACCAGUUUCAUAAAACGUACAACAAUCCUUUGAGGUGUUUGUGACUAUUUCUGGUUUGAAACUCACUUGAAUGUUGCCUUUACUGUCAUCAGGAAAACAGGAGAAAUAUACUGUUGGAAUUAAAACAACAAACUAAGCCACAAACCAUAAGCCACUUACUUCAAACAAGAUUUGAAAGGUGGCUGGAAAGCUUGAGGCUG